UGAACAAAAUGGCCGACGAAAAACAAAUUUCACCUGCCUAGAUACGCGAGUAGCGUCUUUUAUUGAUAGAUAAAGGUGCAUGGUUAAAGACUGCAAUCAUGUUUGAGUGUAGAUGGUUCAAGAACCUUAGCAACUUUGCGACAAAUCGUCCUCCAUUCGUUAUUUUUACUUUUUGUCUUUCGAUCUUCGCUGCUGGCUUAUUUUCUAUUGGUUAUUAUGUCCAAUCUCAAGGAUUUGACCAAAAUCCGGAAUGGAAAGCAUUUUCCAGCCAUAUCUCAAAUAAAAAAUUCUGCAUGUUUUCUGAAAAUAGUAGUAUGAACGUCAAUGUUACUAAUGACACCUCAUCAACAAGUUCCUCCUUGGACUACAUCCAGGUUUUUWUACCAGUGCUGUUAAAGUUCUUGCCCUCGACACUGUACACUGGCUCUUUUGAAAAUAUCUCUCAUGUGACAACCCUUGUGAGGGGGUCUGAACUAGGCUUUGAGGGGCUUCUUUCAUCAUAUCAAGUCAACUUGACUUUUGUUUUGGAUAAACCAUGGUCAAUGUCUUGUUCCUCUUCAAAAUGUUCUAACUUGGCAUUUAGUUCCUGUGCAGCUGUAACGUUACCCAUGAGAAUGGUUCCUAAGAAGAUGAKUGGAAUAAGGGUAUACAGUYGAAAAAUCCAAAUAAACCAAUYAUUUUUUGACAAAAAGCUUCAUUUMUCWUGCAACAAGACUGAGGUGGUGAAAAUGGUGUCCAUGUCUAGCUUAAACCAAUGUACUGGMCAUCAUUGCUGUUAUGAUGGAGUUGUUGCAAAAGCUUCUUUACCCAAGUAUUAUCAAGAAAACAGAGCAGAGUCCCCCUCUGAAAUGGGCCUGAAUGAUUGGGCAACAGUCAACCUAAGACUGCAGUAUUCAAGCUACUUUCUAUUUGUUCUUGCCAUYACCUGCAUCCUUUAUGGGAUGAUUAAAGGAAGGUCGAUAAAGUCAUCAAAGAAGGGAAGUCCUGGACAAUCUAUUUAAUAUAUAAAACUAYACAAAUAGGAUGAAAUAGAURUAAAAGUGGAAGGCUUAAAAGUGUGGCCACUGAUAAUAUAAUUGCAUACUUCUGUCUCACCAUCAAUCUAAUUAGUGUCUUGAUCAAGAUAAUAGACGAGGUGAUUGGGUAAAUACAUGUAGCAAGACAAAAGUAUGAGAACACACAUUUAACAGUGGACACACUUUUAUGUGUUGCUCUGUAACUAUGGAAAACAUUGUURUCAUUGGUACAACUUUACCUUAAGCUUAAAUUAUCAUACAUUGUGCUCUUAUUUCUAAUUCAUUGGAAAAAAACAGGCUACACAAAAAUUAGUGAAUCAGUUGAGUACUAAGUUAAAUUGGCUACAACCAAUUUCUAUUAGACCAUUUCUUAAAGUGUAAAACAAUGUAAAUUGCAUAUGAGGUAUAUAAUUUAUGCAAACAAUGUAUAAAAGAGAAAUCGUUAUUGAAUAGCCGACUUGGUAUUUUGRUUCAGUGACCAURCACRAAAGAAUUGCAGACAAAGCUCCAGGGAAAUAAAAGAUUAAAUCAAGAAUUUCCAGUGUUUUCCCAGAGCCUUGUGUGCAUUCUUUUGUACGUAGUCUGUCGAACCAAAAUAUCAGAAGUUGACUAUUUGGUUUUCGUGAUAUCCAAAAYAGCUGUAGCAAGGCUUGAGGAGUGAAAAAAUCUCAUCUUUGACUAUAAAGUAAGUUAUUUGUCAAGUUAAGGUUUUUUAUCGAAUCAGUUAUCAUUAUGAAAAUUAAAUAAAAUCAACCCACAAAAUAGCUAGAUGACAUCAGUACUUUUAAGGUGAUUUCUGUUGAGUGAAGUAGUACAUAACUUAUUACCAAUUAACUGUAUUAAUAAUAUAACAGUUAUAAAGAAAGUAAAGAGUUCAUUAUGAAUUCAAUAUAAGUUUUAUUUAACCAAUUUCAUUUUAUAGCUUUGAAUUCAAUGAUUACAAAGGUAUUUCUCUGCUCUGGCCCCCUUAACAAAGGUGGUGUACAUGAUAUAGGUGUCUUCAUGAUCCAUUUUAAAAACAGCUCUAAAAUGUAUGCAUUAAUUGACUUAGGAGUUGAUUUUUGACUGUCCCAAUMUCUAUAAACCUGCAUGACAUUCAGAAACUGACCUGAAAAGGUGUAGUGGCAGUUAUCAAAGUCUGCCAAAUGUAUGUAACACAUAUGUAACAGAAACGUAUGUAACACAAUUCUUGGUAUAGCAUUCCCCUCCUUUCAGAGAUUUUUGCAUACAUUCAUCAAUAUGUUGUGUCAAGUUUUAUAUUUAUUGCUUUAAUAUAGUGUAAAGUAAUWUGAUCAUUGCUAAAAUACUAAUCAGUUCUUGAACAGUUGAGGGUUUAYGUCAUAAGCCUUAAUAGGCUGCUCAACAUGUGGGACUCCCACAACUGGGACUUAGUGUUGUAUUGUAAAAUAGUAAUAUAAUUUCAACAUUGAUAUAAAGUUUGUCGUUGAUACAAAGUU